AUGGGGGUAGGGGAGAGGGUGCAAGCCCCACCUAGGGCUAGGGCGCUGGCCACAGCAGUGCCCGGCAGACAGAGCCAGGAGCCUGGGGAGGAAGCAGGAUGGCAGCAGGGGCAGCAGCGGGAGCCUGGGUGCUGGUCCUCAGUCUGUGGGGGGCAGCAGUAGGCGGCCGAAACAUCACAGCCCGGAUUGGGAAGCCACUGGUGCUGAACUGUAGGGGGGCCCCCAAGAAACCACCCCAACAGCUGGAAUGGAAACUGAACACAGGUCGGACAGAAGCUUGGAAGGUCCUGUCUCCCCAGGGAGGCUCCUGGGAUAGCGUAGCUCGAGUGCUCCCCAAUGGCUCCCUCCUCCUGCCGGCAGUAGGGAUCCAGGAUGAGGGGACUUUCCAGUGCCGGGCAACAAGCAGGAAUGGAAAGGAGACGAGGUCUGCCUACCAAGUCCGAGUCUACCAGAUUCCGGGGAAGCCAGAAAUUGUCGAUCCUGCCUCUGAACUCAUGGCUGGUGUCCCCAGUAAGGUGGGGACAUGUGUGUCCGAGGGGGGCUAUCCUGCAGGGACUCUUAAUUGGCACUCAGACGGGAAACCCCUCAUACCUGAUGGCAACGGAGUGUCUGUGCAGGAAGAGACCAGGAGACACCCUGAGACAGGGCUUUUCACACUCCAGUCGGAGUUGACGGUGACCCCAGCCUGGGGAGGAGCUCCCCACCCCACCUUCUCCUGUAGCUUCAGCCCUGGACUUCCCCGGCAUCGAGCCCUACACACGGCCCCCAUCCAGCUCAGAGUCUGGGAGCCUGUGCCUCCGGAGGUCCAAGUGAUGGUACAGCCAGAAGGUGGGAAAGUAGUUCUCGGUGGUACCAUGACCCUGACCUGUGAAACCCCUACCCAGUCCUCCCUUCAAAUCCACUGGAUCAAGGAUGGCACGCCCCUGCACCUUCCCCCCAGCCCUGUGCUGCUCCUGCAUGAGGUGCAGCGUGAGGACCAGGGAACCUAUAGCUGCAUCGCCACCCAUCCCAGCCAUGGGCCCCAGGAAAGCCCUGCUGUCCAUGUCAUCGUCGAAGCAGAGGAGGGGCCGAUCGCAGGCUCUGUGGAAGGGCAGGAACUGGGAACUGUAGCCCUGGUCCUGGGGAUCCUGGGAGGCCUGGGGAUAGCCGCCCUGCUCAUUGGGGCCAUCAAGUGGCGGAGACAGCGACGUGGAAGAGAGGAGAGGAAGGCCCCAGAAAACCAGGAGGAGGAGGAGGAGUGCGCAGAGCUGAAUCAGCCAGAGGAGCCAGAAGCAGCUGAGAGCAGCGCAGCACGGCCUUGAGGGGCACACAGCUAGACCCCAUCUAUCAGCCCCCUUUUCUCUUCCCCCUGCUCCAUUCUGGCCCCAGAGCAGUUCUCCCCUGUAUAACCUGUACCCCACCUCACCAAACUUGCUUCCACAACCAGAGCCUCCCAUAGUGAUAAGUAAACACCUCGCCCGUUU